CAGAGUCCUCCCAGAGGAUGGAGCUAGUGUGGCCGCAUGCGCGGCAGGGUGCGUCGCCCUCUCCCGGAAGUCUCCCAGGUGGAGACGGAAACGGAAACACACUAAGGGAGGAGAAGGGUCUGGUGUCGCGUGUGGACUUUGCGGUUACCUGCCCCCAGGCUUCAUGGCGGUCCGAGCGUCGUUCGAGAACAACUGUGAGGUCGGCUGCUUUGCCAAACUCACCAACACCUACUGCUUGGUGGCCAUCGGAGGGUCCGAGAACUUCUACAGUGUGUUCGAGGGCGAGCUCGCCGAGACCAUCCCUGUGGUGCACGCGUCCAUCGCCGGCUGCCGUAUCAUCGGUCGUAUGUGUGUGGGGAACAGGCAUGGUCUUCUGGUGCCCAACAACACCACCGACCAGGAGCUGCAACACAUUCGCAACUGCCUCCCAGACUCAGUGCAGAUCCGGCGGGUGGAGGAGCGGCUCUCAGCCCUGGGCAACGUCACCACCUGCAACGAUUACGUGGCCUUGGUCCACCCAGACCUGGACAGGGAAACAGAAGAAAUCCUGGCUGAUGUACUCAAGGUGGAAGUCUUCAGACAGACAGUGGCUGACCAGGUGCUAGUAGGAAGCUAUUGUGUCUUCAGCAAUCAGGGAGGGCUGGUACAUCCCAAGACUUCCAUUGAAGACCAAGAUGAGCUGUCCUCUCUUCUUCAGGUCCCCCUUGUGGCGGGCACUGUGAACCGAGGCAGCGAGGUGAUCGCUGCUGGGAUGGUGGUGAACGACUGGUGUGCCUUCUGUGGCCUGGACACAACCAGCACAGAGCUAUCGGUGGUGGAGAGUGUCUUCAAGUUGAAUGAAGCCCAGCCUAGCACCAUUGCUACCAGCAUGCGGGAUUCCCUCAUUGACAGCCUUACCUGAAUUAUUUUCCAUGCUGAUUCAUGGGCUCCUGGCUCUGGACUUUGGCUCCCUCUUCACACCCCACCCAGUCUGUCCCAGACGCUGGCAGGGAGGUGGCAGAGAGCUCACUGGUAUCGAGUAGCUGGAUACCCAACCCUUCACCUGUGCCCAUCUCCUGAAUCUAUAGUUACUGCAAAAAUCUGCCAUGUCAUGCUGGCUGUCAGGCCCUAUGGCUCCUCUCUGUGCCACCCAAUUAAAGGCAUUUUGCUUCUGUC